AUCUCAUUGUCUAUGAAUACAUGAAAAAUGGUAGUUUGUGGAACAGAUUGCAUGAGAAUAGGAGUUCAACAUUAGAUUGGCAGACACGCUAUAAAAUAUCGCUGGGAACAGCUUAUGGGCUGGCCUACUUGCAUCAUGACUGUGCUCCUGCUAUUGUUCACAGAGACAUGAAAUCCAGUAACAUAUUGUUGGAUGAAGACAAGGAACCAUGUUUAGCUGAUUUUGGUUUUGCUAAAUGCCUUCAAGUUAGUGGAAAGGGAAAUUCUACAGCAGUCAUAGUAGGCACCCAUGGCUACAUUGCUCCAGAAUAUGCAUACACAUAUAAAGUGAGCGAGAAAAGCGAUGUGUACAACUUUGGGGUUGUGCUGAUGGAGCUUGUGACUGGCAGAGGGCCAAUGGAGGAUGAAUUUGGAGAGAACAGAGGAGUUGUUGAUUGGGUCUCUGCCAAAUAUUUCUCGAGAGAGAGUGUAGUCGAGUUGUUGGAUGAGAGGGUUUCUAAAUUUUGUGAGGAAGGGAUGAUGAAGGUGCUUAAAAUUUCAGUGUUGUGUACCAGCAAUGUUCCUGCACAGAGGCCUUGCAUGAGAGAGGUGGUACAAAUGUUGUUGGAAGCAUAUCCCUGCUGUUAA